GAGCGGCAGAGAGGUGGGGGCUGGUCCACAGCUGUUGUAGUAGGCAGGGUCUAUUGGGGUAGGAAGCUUGCCUCACUCGCCCUGGAACAAUGGGAGACAUGGCAGCCUCUGCAGACAGCACAGACACACACACAAUGCACAUGCCCAAGGACAGGCCUUUUUCUAGCUGAAACGCAGAGGAAACCGGCUUCCUCGCCACACUAGCAGGGUGACGGCACUUCUAACAGGGAUGAAAAUAAUCUCCUCCGCAGCCGGAAAACAGAAAUGUAAGGUAGUGGCCUUUCUGUCGCUCUCUUUUUUUUUUUUUUUCCUCUUCUCCUUCUGGUGCCUUUCAUUCUGCUGUGAGGAGAUCUGUGGAUGCGCUGACUGGAUGACUGUGAAGGCAGCAGGAGGAAGCUCCUUGCUUUUGUUGUUGGGAGACAGAGGUGCCUGACAGGAGACUGACUCCUCUUCAAGGAUCAUAACAAGAGCUGAAACCGCAGAUGAGAACAAUGUCUGAUGAGGCAGAACAGAGAAUGUGUGAUGAGGACUUUGGUUCGGACGAGGAAGGCGAGGAGGGAGACGUGGAGUCUUUCCUGGAGGACAACAGCAGCGAGCUCAUGGACCGACUGAAGGAGCUGGAGGCAGAAAACUCUGCUCUGAUGUUGGCGAAUGAGAGCCAGAGAGAAGCUUAUGAGAGAUGCUUGGAUGAGGUGGCCAACCAUGUGGUCCAAGCUCUACUGAAUCAGAAGGAUCUGAGAGAGGAGUGCAUCAAACUGAAGAUGUUGGUGUUUGACCUGGAGAGACAGAACAGAGCACUUUGUGAGCUCUUUCAGCAGAAACUGCCCAACCACCCCACUGCUCACUACCAGGUCCAGGCGGGACCCCUCCCAGACUACAAUGCACAGCUGCACAAUGACUCUGCCAAACAGGUGGAGCCUGCACAGACUGAAGCACAAGCCAAGGGAAAUGGCUACCGCACACAACAUGCCUCCCCCGGCCCUCGUGGCCCUGCCGCCUCCAUGGAGGCCCUGUCUCCCUUCUUCAAGAAGAAAGCACACAUCCUGGAAGUCCUUCGCAAGAUGGAGGAGACGGACCCUCUGAAGUUUCACCCGGCCACCGCGAGCUUGUCUUUUUGUGACUACAGCCAGGUGCUCAUGUCCACAGAGGCUGUUUUGGCCACAGCGGAUCCCCUUCCACUACCAGGCAAAUCCCACCACACACACUGCCACUGCUCCUGCUCUGACACUGACUCACACCAGCAUGUCAACGGCGACGGGGCAGUGAAGUGUGAGGGAGGGAACACCUGCUGUUUACACUGCAAGAGGAGCCCAGACAGUCCUCCAAAGCCAUGCAACCACGUCUGUAGUCCUUCAAAAGCCAACUCCGCCACCCAGAGCCAUGUAGUUCCUGCAGCUGCUAUAAGCGAAUGUCACAGUAAGAGCAGAACGGCGGAGUCUGUUCCCCCGCCUAAACAAUGCACCAAGAAUGAAGCCAACCAGCAACCAGUGGGCGCCGCCACCGCCGCUGCCGUCCACUCUUCAGUCACAGAAGCAGCCGAGAUGAUGGAAGUGGAGCAAGAGCAGGAUAGCUCUGAGAGUUGUCUAAACGCUAGUGCCUCUGAAGAGCUCACUGGUUUCUGUCCCACCUCCCACCUGCCCAGUUCUGUGAAAGAGAGCGCACAGAUCUCCCACUGUGACAUGGAGACCAGUGAUGGCGUUCACAAUGGCGUCAACACCGCCUUGUCGAACAACCCCUCAGCCGUCCCGGAGAAAGACGUCGCAGAUCAGGAGGCUUCUUCUGUGAGAGCCGGUGCCUCCGUCAGCCCCAGCCCGUCCUGCCUCAGCGAGGUCAAAACCGCCGCCAUCAACUCGCCGUCCAAGCUGCUCAAGUUUUUGAAGAUCCCCUCAAUAGGGGAGAAGUCUCAACCUUCAACCUCUGCUGUCCGUCUGAGCCCCCAACUCACCCGCAGCUCCAGGAUCCCCUGUCGCACCAACAACUACGAGGUGUACCACUCUCCCGUUCCCACACGCAGAGCCACCACCACAGAGAGGUGCAGGCAGCCCCCUCCGCCGCCCGCCAGGUCCGAGUCCUACCCCGCCACACACUCAGCCCCGACCUCCCCUCCUCAGCCUGAAGACGUCUGCUCCCCGCCAGCAAAGGAAAUAAGCUAUAGCAGCCUCUCUGCACCUAAAGCCAGUGCUGCUUCAAAGAUGGGCGCUCCUCCCUCCACAUCCUCCUCCUCACCCAAAGUAUCUCAGAGGGUCCCUCAUUAUGAAAAUGUCUGCGUUAUGUCUACCAACUCUAGAGAAGAGGAACCAACCCAGGGCCUCGAGAAAAGAACCACACUUCCAUCCCAAACAAAGGUGAACGGCGGUGAGAGGAAGCUCGUUAAAUCGCUACCAGAAAGUGUCCUCAACCCUCCUCCUCAACGGAAGCAGUCGUCCUCGUCCACGUCAGAGUCCACAUCAGACGAUGAAGAGGAUUCAGACAGCCCAGUGUGGGUUAACCAUCACGGCCUGCCCAACGCAUCCGCCGUCGGCAAGGCCUCACAGGGCAGGGCCAACUACUCACAACCCAGAGAGAAACAAGAGGCAGAUGUGAGGGAGAUCACUGUGCAGAGCUCCGAGGUGGCCCAGCCGCCGCUGCCGCCUCCACCUCCAGCCAGGAGGGGUGACUCCUCUUCCAUCCCCAAGAGGCCUGCGGCCGGGGCGGUGAGGCCCCAGGCUGAUUCCAGUCACCACGCUUUCAAAGACAGGCUGGCUGCGCUGGGAAAGCUGAGGAGCUCUGAGGAUUUACAAGUCGGCCUCAGGCCAAUCGACACGGUGAAUGAGGGCACUUAUGAAGAAGAAAGGAAUAAGGCAGCAGAGAGGCCCUUGGAGCUCCUUAAAGAGGAGCAGAGACAUUCAAAAUACACAGACUCUUUGGAUGGCAAACCCAAAGUUAGUAGUGGUGGUUUGAAGUACCCGGGCUCAUCUCAGCUGUAUGAACAGGCUGUAAAAUCUUCUUGUGCAGUGGUGGUUAAACCAGAACUGUGCGUGACCAAGACAGAAGGCUCCAAGAGUAAAAUUGGUCUGCCGUCGCCCAACGCGGAUGCUCCGCAGGUACUACGCAACAACAUCAAGUGUCCUGGCUCCCUGAAUCUGGCCUAUAACCUUAAACCUGUUGGGCCUCACAUUAGCAACAGCCCCAACAAAAUCCCCCCAAAAUCGCCGUCCAAACCUUGCCAGGGCCCAUCCGUCCACAGAGGGGGGAAGCCAGCAGAGUCCCCACGUUACUCGUCCAAAUCAGAGGAGAGGACCAAGAUCAGCGGGAAAGGGAAAAAGAAUCCGAUGUUUGGAGACAGCCUGCCACCUCCUCCACCGAGACCUCCGAUGUCAGAGGGAGAGAAGCCGUUGCCGCCGGUCCCCAGCCCGCAAUCCGCCAUCGAGCAAAAGGUGAUGAAGGGCAUCGAGGAGAACAUGCUGAAGCUCCAGGAGCAGGACAGAGGAGGGCAAGGCAGCGAGGUCAAGCAGAAAGCCUCCAACGGCAUCGCGAGCUGGUUCGGCCUGAAGAAGAGCAAGCUGCCCGCGUUGAGCCGCAAGGCGGACGCCGCCAAAGCAAAGGACGAGAAGAAGGAGUGGAAGAUCAACAUCCCCUCAGUGGGCAGGGACUCUGUGAAAAUGGCCACCAGGUGUAAAGAAGGAGUGGAAGGCCUGAACAUCUCGACUCUGAUGGAGAAGGCGGAGGGGCUGAGGAGGGCGCUGGAGGAGGAGAGGGCGUACGUGGAGAGGUCGGGGAGGGGUCACUCCUGUGAGGUGGUGAUGGACCAAGCUCAGGGACAGCUGGCUGUCAUGUACAGGGGAGCGCGCUCUGACAACUUCAUGCAACAGCUGCUGAACAGAGUGGACGGGAAGGACGUGAUCAGCGUGCCCCAGCGCCGGCUCUCGUUCGACUGUAAGAGCUCCAAGCCGGUGUUUUGUCAGCAGGGCGACAUCAUCGGUCACAUCACCAGUCGUGACGAUAUGGAGAAGGGAUCAGACAGAAUCGGCAAGAUCACGUCAGAUGAAAACCUCGCAGAUUCAGUUCACUCUCAACACUUCGCAGGUUCCGGUGCUUCCACUUACACCCUGGACAGCGGUAUCGGUACAUUCCCCCUGCCUGACUGCAGCAGCGGUGCAGCAGGACGGAGCCUGUCCAAGACGAGGCCCGGGGCUGAGCGCCACUCAUCCGGCUCCCCGGGGAGGGCCGGGCGACGGGCCCGCACCCUGGACAGAGAGCCCACGUCGCAGGAGGAGUGCUACACGCCUCACAAACAGCUGAUUCCCACCAUUCAGUACGCCUCAGUGCUGGAGGGAAGAAGCUCCGCCGGCGUCAUCCGUGAAGACAAAGAGGCACAUGGACCAAACAUGUUUUCGCCUCGCUCGAAGACUUGGACCUUCCCCAACCUGAAGGCUCCAGCAGGACCUGCAGAGGUUUACCUGGCGGUGGAGGAGGAAGAGGAGGAAGCGGUGUCCUUUGGAUCUCCAUUCAGAGGGAGCCUGAAGGCCGGCGGUCCCUCCUCCAGCCGGGUGGUCGACCCAGGCAGCUUGCCCGUCCCAGCCCAGUCGGGGAUGAGCCGCAGGGGGAAGAUACGCACUCCCAGCGUCCCCGAGAUGAGCCGGGAGGCCGGGCUGGAGCUGCUCAGGGAGCGGCCGGAGGAAGCCCUCUCUCCGAGCCGCCCUCAGGUCCUGGAGACCCCCGAGUCCCUCAGCGAUUCUCUGUACGACAGUCUGUCGUCCUGCGGCAGCCAAGGAUGAUCCAGCCAAGAACGGGGGUGGAAAGAGAGGAGCUCAUCUAGUCCACACACAAGAAGACCCAGCACCGCUCUGAACAGGUCUCCUGGUUGCUGGCUGUACUGUGAUGCUGCUGACCCCACGCCACCUUUGAGGAAAAGAAACUGUGCCCUGUUGAUGUCCGCAAGAAUAUUGUGGUGAUGAUGCUUUCUCAUCAGCUGUUUCUCUGUUGCAACUGGAAAGAUUAAGUUUAAUAGACUUCUCCUCAGGAUUUCAAAUAAACAUGAAGCCAAAAGCCACCCCAAAUAAUAUAGGUUGUUCACUUUUUUCACAAUCAGACUCGACUGUGGACACUCUUUAAUUCAUGUGUACAGGAAAAACAAAACGCAUGGCUAAGCUAAUGAUUAGCACAAAAGUUGUCACUCCUGGUAGUUGUUCAGCAACCUGUCUUUUGUUUUUAAAUCAUCCUGGUAGACGGAUCUUCAUUACACGCAUCACGGAAGAGCUGAUCAGCUCAAUAGCUGACGAUCUGCAUCAAUACAUCCAUUCUGUUCUGGACAUCAUUUUGCCACAUAAUGUAUUGGAAAAAACAAAACAUGAAGCUCCCUUAAAAAAUGAAUGUUCAUGUCUGUGAUUCUUUAUUGCUAAACUCAUGCAUCACGAUUUUAAAUGUAUAAACGAUUUUAUUGAUCAUGUUGAUAUUGUUUUGAGGCCGAGAAAGGUUGUCAGAAUAUGUCCGUUUUAAAUCAUAAUACAUUUAAAGGUAAUAUAUACCAGCAAUAAUAACAUAGAUAAGAGAAAUGGCUACACUAUUCAAUGAAUAUGUAUUUCUAUUAUUUAUUUAUUUUAAAUGUACAUCAUUUGCAGUUGUCAUCUUUUUUUUUCCUUUUUGUAAUCUUUCUGUGAAAUUGCAGUCUCUUCGCUUAGUAGAUUAUGUUCAUAUCUUGUAUUUCAACAUCUCUGUUGCUGUUCGUUCCCUAGCCAAUAGAGGUCCUAUGUACCUACUGCCGUUUUUCAACUUUCUAAUUAAAAUGUUUUGAUUUAUU